AUGGAUAUUCCCAUUCAGUACUCUUGGUACCGGCGCGCCUUCCCAAGCCGGUUUACGGAGCUCUCUUUGGCAGAAUCUCUCGCUGACUUUCCACUGAUGGGACCCUUCUCCUGGAACUUCCCCUGGAUGAGGCCUUCAUUCAUGCGCUGGUUAAACUGGCCAGAAAAUGGACACAGUGAGAUGCGAAUGGAAAAGGACCGCUUUGUUAUUUAUCUGGACAUGAAGCAUUUCGCCCCUGAAGAGUUGUCAGUUAAUGUCAGCGACGAGUUCAUCACAGUGCUCGCCAAACACGAGAACAGACAGGAUGAUCUCGGCUUUGUGUCCAGAGAGUUCCUGAGGAAGUACAGGGUCCCAUCUGGAGUGUUAGCAGCUGACAUCACCUCCAAUCUGUCGUCUGAUGGCGUGCUGACAAUUACGGUGCCCCGGUCAGCCCCAGGAGCAGACCGCAGCAUUCCCAUCUCCUUUGAGGACGGCACACAGAAACAAAAAAUGUAGAGCAAAAUGAUUGCCCUAAAAGUAAAAAAAAGUACUAACUUACUAAGAUUUGUUUAAGUGUUGGCAUUUCAGUUCUCUUAGUAGAAUAGGGAAUUUAAAUAGAUCCCUAGCCUGCUAAUUGACAUUUCACUUAAGUUUAACCGGCUGAUGUUAAGCUAAAAAGGAAUCCAUUUUCUUAUCAUAUUCCUUUCUGGAAAACAUGUAAUUUAUCUAGAUUUUACCGAAAACAUUUAUGGAGAUUAAACUCUAACCUUUGGAAAGCCAGUCUGCUCAGUUGGGUGCAGGGGGAGUUAAGACAGCUUUAAAAUCUCAAGUCUGAGGCUAACAUCGUGAGUUUUUAUACUGAAAUGCCAACGGUGCUGUGUUUUCAAUGUGACAAUGGCUCGGUUUCUGUAAGAGGUGAGGAGCAGCAUCAGUAGAAGCACUUGAUUGUUUUUUUUGCUUCAUUUAUAAAUCUACAGAAGGAAUUAGGGACAUGUUUGUGCCUAGUUGAAAGGACAGAUGAAAAAUGAGCAGUGAGGAGUAGGUUUCAGAGAAUAAACAGAGGAGGGGAUUUUAUUUUCAGAUAUCUUGUCUAUAUGUACUGUAUGGAACAGUGAGUUUAUUUUUACUUGUAAACUCAACCUACUUGCGUUAGUAUUAAACUGGCUUGGACCACUGGCAUAUUAACACAGAAAACACUAUUUAGAAUAAAUAUUGAAAGUCAAACUUGUGUUGUUUUGGAUUUUUUUUGUCCCCUUAUCCUGUUGAAAUUAUAACUUCAUCCAAUGUUGGAGACUGAAGAGUCAAACUGUUUUCACUUUUCUGACAAAUAUUAAGUCAUUUAUAAAAUAAUAAACCUUUUUAUUGUUAUCAUGUUAACUCCUAAAUGAUUUGGUCAGAUGUCAGC